AUGACUCAAUCAUCCUCUGGCUCCAUGGUUCAGAUCCCGGUUGACAUACUACAAUCCUUAGUCACUUCAAUCGAUGCGCUUCGCCAUGAAGUUGUAAAUUUGCGCCAGGAGAGAUUGACACUGCAAUUUCAAACUCCUAAUCCAGCAACACCCGCAUCGACCAUUACAACACAAUCUGAAGUCCCACGCGAUGAUACAACCGAGGAGUAUGGAAAAACCUUUCAAUGCUUCAACAAACUACCGCCCGAGAUGCGAGACGCCAUUUGGCGCGUAGCAGCAAAAGCACCCCGCGUCGUUACUGCAAAGAUCGCCCCAAGAUCAGGCCCAGAAUCCUCCGAUACGGUCUACGCUCCCAGCGCACUACCACCUAUGCUCUCAGUUAGCAAGGAGCCUCGAAAGGUCGCUUUGGAGGUUUACACUUGUUUCACCGAUCCAGAGACAAGAUUACCUAGACUCUACAUGCAGCCCGACAUUGACACAAUGCUACUCCUCAACAGAGACUUCAAUCGAGUCUUUCAAGGCAAGGCGCGCAAAAUGUGGAGAAAGACACCAAAGUUCAAACAUCUUGCUCUUGAUUGGAAAUUCUGCCAUGAGUUGCUUCUCCAUGCGAAUGAUGACCGUGUGAUUCAAGGCAUGUUCAACGUGCUCGCGAUCACUGGAGUGAAAGUAGUAUCAAUUGUUUUGGGAGAUAUCGAUGAGUCAGUUGAAAAUGUAGCUUUUGGAAGCCCUCGGGGUUGUCCAGAAGAACUGAGGUGCCGCAACCUUCAAGCCUUUCUUAUAGCUCGGAGAGGAAAAGCCGUUGGUGAAUGUUCGUGGAGAACCAUUGUGUUCUUGAUCUCAGAGUAUAUGCAAGCUAUUCUUGACAGGAAUUUGUCAGUAGACCGCAUCACUGCGAGCGUGCCAAGGGAGACAGACAAUGCCUUGCAGAAAUACGCGAAUGGAUUGUGGGUACCGCCUCGAUUCAGAUACGUGACGAUCAAGGGCCAAGAGAAGUAG